AUGGCGACGGGGGGUCAGCAGGCUGAGGACUAUCAUCCCUACUACCCCUCAUCCGCCUUCCUCCCUCCCAGUCAUGUCGGAGGCUCCGAUCAGGGGCUGGGAUCAGGUCUCGCUGCCGCUCCGGAGAUCGUACCGAAGCGGCAGGUGGAUAUGAACUUUGCUCAGAAAGGAGAGCAGGCUUCACUGCCGGGUAUAGAUACUCCUCUGGCUGUCUAUGCAGCUCAGAUGGUGGUAUGGCUAUGGUUCGGCAAAGUCAGACCGUCAUUCCACUUCUCCUCUCCAGGGCCUAUCGGUUCGGGUCGGCCCAGCGACACGUUCGAUAUCAAUCAUGACGCUUUCGAGUACCCUCGCCACCCCUCCAACCCCCUCCAUCCACUCCAGGUCGCACCAUCUCCCGACUUUACACACUGCGUCAACAGACUCUUACGGAUCACCGGCGUAUCGCACUCGGUCGUUCUCGUCGCCUUACUAUACAUAUACCGACUCAAGCGCAAAUACAGUAUCGACGCUGGGCCGGGCACAGAGAUGAGACCCUUUAUUGCGAGCAUCAUAUUGAGCAACAAGUACCUCGACGAUAACACAUAUACCAAUCACACGUGGGCCGAAUUGACGGGCCUGACGGUCGCCGAAAUCGGUCGGAUGGAGAUCGAGUUUCUCCGAGGGCUAGAGUACAAGCUCUGCGUCCACAAGAGCGACUACGAUACCUGGCGCCAACUACUCGAUGGCUUCAUCGCAUCGCGUCAGCAUCAGGGCAUCUUCCGCUCUCGCUUCGACCCCGUCAUCAAUCACUCCGCGCCCCCGUAUCAUUCUCUUACGCCCUCCUCGGCGGAGGUCCCAUCCACUCCAUACGUCCCCUCACCAGCCGAGCCCCGCGCCAGGUCGGUCUCGCCCACUACCUACAACCAUGAUGAUCAAGGGCAGUACGUGACACCCGGCUACGGAUAUACUCGGAAGCGCUCGGCGGUCGACGCGCACGACGGCGAAGAGGACCCGGCUGAGGCCUACGAGUCCCAGCGGCGGCCUACACGUCGCACCAACGCCUACAACCCCAAUCUACCCAUGCCGCAGUCUCUCAAUUCGGGACUGAACCGGUCGUCCAGCCUUAGCAGGCAAGGUCACCGCUUGGCGCCCAUGCUCGGUCAGCAUGGCCGCCGUGGGUCGACGUCGGGCGACUUCAACACUGCGGUCUGGAUGAACGACGCAGAUUUGAGGCAUCAAGCUCAGACCCAUGCUGCCCAGAUGUCCUCGGCGGGGUUUCUGCCGGCCAUUGGGCAGCAGACGGAGCAUGCGCGUUGGGACUCGCUUGUUGCGCCGUACGACCAGGACUUACAGAUUCAAUCUAUCCCACCUCAGCACCUCAUCUACUACUCUAUCGCCGCGGACCCUCAUCCGGGCCAAGACGGACGGCCUCGCAAAGCCAUCCUCCGCCAGCAGCAGCCAUAUCCCUGCACCUACACCACCAACGGCCAGCCGUACACCAUGACCCAGCCCGAUCCAGUCCAGCCCCGACUGGUAUGGCGCGGCAGACACGAGACCGCUGCAGCUUCACCCACCGCCAUCCUCGGCCCCACCCUCUUCAAUCCUGCCUCGACAUACUACCCCACAGGCCAGCCGUACGGAUCGUACCCAGUCCCCACCCCAUUCCCCGCCAUGCAGCCGUACGCCUAUCAUCCCGGGCAGGCUGUCGAGCCCCUCCCUGGUCAAUUCGCCAACGCCGGUCCACCCGGAUACACCUACAAUCCCAACAUGUACCCUGCGCCCCCGCCGCUCGAGUAUCAGCCCGUGCCGAGCCAGGUCAGGGAGUACGCCAUCCCCUCGUACAACCCAGCUUCCAACCCCAAUCGGUGGUCGACGGUCUCGGAGGAAACGGCGUACCAGCACAUGCACGGGAUAGGGGGAUCGAUUCAUGCUGCGCAGUCGGGGGAGCCAUGGCGGACGAGAAGCGAGUGGAGUUCGCCCCUUCCAAGAUAUGAGGGAUGGAGGGGAUAG